UUGUCCAUGCACAUGUAUCACUUUCUAUUGUUGGCAGAUUCUGCAGUUGGCUAUUUAUUUACUCUUACUGUAGACUGUGUUGGGCUAGUUGUAAAAAACUUCACAGUAAUAGAUUUGCAUUUUUGGAGCAUGUGCAAAUCAAUACAAGAAUGUGUGGAAUGCUGACCGCCAAGUUCACCAGAAUCCCCUCCUGAUGCUAUUUUUAGUUGGAGGUUUUUCUAAGAUUGAUGCCCAAAGGUUGGUCCCUGUGACCUGCAUACAGAAGAACUACUGGUGUCUGUAUGAUCCAUGAAAUAUGAUGUAUUGAUGCUGAGGCAGACCUAAUGCUCUCAGAGCCUGAACUGUGAGAUGUGAGCAGACAGACUUUAAUAAUCAACCGAUAGUGUGCCGUGUGUAUUGAAUGUCUUUCCGAGUUAUCAAGACUUCUGUAACCCUGCUCUGUUGCACAGUGUGCGGCAUACCAACUGGCUUGCCUUAUAUGGGGUUGUCCUUUUAGAGUGAUCUACUUACCUCCAAGAAUCCAUGAUAAAUGAUGAGGAGACGUGGAAGGGGGGAUGCAGAAGAGGAACUGAACCGCAUCACUGACUCUUUGAAGGAUAGGUCAUCUUUUCAUCAUUGGAGGUCAUCGAUGCUGAGGAGUUUGAUGUUGAUGUAGGACUAGUUGGAUAUUCAGUACUGCUGUGUGUAAUUUGGAACAGGUUCAUUGCCUAAGGCAUUGUGUGUGUACCUUUUGAGUUAUCUUAUGAUGUCAACGUAAACAUAAGUCACUAUACAAGCAAGUGUAGCUAUGAGAUAUAAUGCAGUGAGGAGUUUUGCUCCAUCUCAUACGGUACGGGACGCAGUGACUGAAGAUGGUCGAUGAAAAAUAUUGUCAUCUUGACAAUCCUCAUUUGCAUAAUGGCAAAGCUUGCUUUGCGUAAUCUUUGAGACGCAACAGUGAACUUUUGAUAAAGGAGGCUUCCCCUCAUGUGGCAUUCUGUUAAGAGGUGACAACGGUAGGGCCAUUUAGUAUGCAGAAAUGCUCACGAGGUGUCACCACCAACACCAGCUCCAUCCCCAACACGACCCUCAGCAUCCCUCCUGCAUCAUUCAAGCGUGUCAUCACCAGCAUCAUUACCUAUGGGGCCGUCUACGUGGAUCAGAAACAAACAAGAGCAGUGCACAACUGCCCCCACUGCUUUGCACUAUGCAGCGAAGAAGUCACCCAGGGGAAGAUGUGUCAUGCUAUCCAUUACGGGUUCUGUACAGUUGUAGCCCUACCCCCGGGGAUUUUCGAUCAGGAUAAAUGUAAUAAUUACGCAGAGCAGAGGUGUUGGAAGUUUUUCCGAGAUCAGCGUGAGUCUCAUUCCCCUGCUCAGAAGAUCCAUGUCCCUCCAUUUUACUUCCCCAUGGGUCGUCCCGUACCUAGUGAAGAGAAUGAAGCUGUCAUCCAACGAGUCACUCAACUCUUUGAAUCCUUACCAGAGGAGAGAGCAUACAAACAUCAGAUGGACAAAGUCGCUAUGGCAUGCAAAUGUCCCCAAUAUUGGAAGAUGCCAUUGUUCCUUGCGGCAGGUGGAGACAAGGUGGGCUAUGUCACAUCACACAUGUACCUCACCAUGUGGAAAAGGUUAAUCAGGGAUUGCCAUGACGAUGCUGCAAGGUUUUUCCGUCUUCUUGCCAAGCCAGGCUGCAGUUAUUUAGUUCCAGAAGACUUCUAUCCAUUUAUUCAGGAGGUCGUUGACUCUCAUCCUGGCCUCACCUUUCUCCUUGAUGCCCCAGAAUUCCAUUCCAGAUAUAUACAUACAGUGAUAGCGAGAAUAUUUUACUGCGUCAACAGAACAUGGAAUGGUAGAAUAACGCUACCAGAACUCAGGAAAAGCAACUUGCUGUCGGUCAUUGCACUUCUUGAAGAGGAAGAUGACAUCAAUCAGAUCUUAGAUUAUUUCUCCUAUGAACACUUCUAUGUCAUCUACUGCAAGUUCUGGGAGUUGGACACUGAUCACGACUUAUUCAUUGAUAAGAAGGAUCUUAGCAGACACAAUGAUCAUGCUCUUUCUUCCAAGAUCAUAGACAGGAUCUUUUCCCCUGGCGCUGUACUCAGUCCUGAGUCUGUAAGGGAAGGUCGGAUGAGCUAUGCUGAGUUUGUGGCAUUCAUCAUCUCUGAAGAAGAUAAGAAGACACCAAUGAGCAUUGAAUACUGGUUCCGCUGUAUGGAUAUGGAUGGAGAUGGUUUCCUCUCCAUGUAUGAAUUGGAAUACUUCUAUGAAGAACAGAUCAGUAAAAUGGAAGCAUUAGGGAUUGAGACUUUACCAUUCCAAGAUUGCCUGUGUCAGCUCCUAGAUCUUGUCAAGCCCCAACGGCCUGAUCGGAUCUCCUUGCGAGACCUCAAGCAAUGCAAGCUAGCCUUCAUCUUCUAUGACACGCUGUUCAAUCUAGAGAAAUACCUGGAGCAUGAACAGAGAGAUCCGUUUGCCUGUAACAGGGAUGCUGAGAAUGAAGAACCAGAACCCUCGGAUUGGGAGAAAUAUGCAGCUGAAGAAUAUGAGUUGUUAGUUGCAGAAGAAGGAGCUCAAGAAACCCAGCAAGGAACCAAUAGUCCUGAAGAUGUAGACUACCCAGAUGACUUUGAGCCAGAGGAUGAGGAGAUCUUGACCGUUGACCUCCAACAGAAGAUAAAGUUGUCGGAACCCCCACAGCAUAAUAAAUGGGUGGGCAAUAAUAAUGACGGCAUUGAGUUCAAAUCCAGCAUACCACUCUGACGUACUCAUAAUGUACAGUGUACAUACACCUGUCAAUUAAUAAUGUACAUAUUCAACUGAUCAUCUGAAAAGUAACAAAGCAAGUGAAGCAAAUCAAGGUGUACGGGUUGUCAGAGAUUAUGAUUGAUAAAUUCGAAUGAAUUUGUUAAUUUUUUUCAAGAUUGCAAUUUUUUAUCUGAUCACAGGGUAGAGUAAGCUGGACGCAGGUGCUUAUCAGAUUUGUGCCGUUAAAAACAAGAAUAAGAAAAGCAUCUUAAUGAAAAAAGGGGUUGUAGAAGGUCUGUCAUGUAAAAGCCAAAGAAUAAAGAAGCUGCGAUUUAUUAAUCUUUUUUAACCUGGAGAUUUACCUGAGUGGGUUAAGAGCCUGUAACCUCUUAAUUCCUGACAAGUGCUCUAUCAAGUGAAUUGUCAUGUCUUAUGUUGGCAAUCUCUUCAUUUUACAAUACGCUGUGGCCCCUUUGACUCCACUGAUCAAAGAACCAACCAAAUGCGACGACAUGGAUCAGAACCUUACACCACUGGUCUAGCUGUCUGCCUACGGAGCAAUCCAACGCCAUGAUGACAUUCUGUCUAUGGAAGGAUUGCACUUCACAGUUUUUCAAUGGUUCCUUGCCACACUGAAGGAACUGUUACCAAGUACCAACUGCAUGGGAUCUAUUGCCCUAGAUCAGUUAAGGUUAACCAAGAAUUAUGCCGCACCUCACACAUAUAAUGAUCUUGGCAAAUCUCCCUGAUGGCAGUUCCCAAUUGGCAUUGUUCCUGCAGAGUGUUGUAGACAACACCUGCCCUGUUGCACCAACUCGUUAGUUCGGCUGUGUUAUCAGAGACGGUUUACUCUGUAUGCUCAAAGACAGAUUUUUUCCUGUUGAGCCAGUACGGCAAACAGUUGCCUGUGAUACAAAGUGGAAUAUUAAUUUUGUGGUUGUUUAUGUAAUGCAAUUGAUAACACAUGGUUAUAAUUCAGGCUGUCUCAGAUUAAAUAAGAAAAUUCUAAUGCAAACAAAAUGAAAUUGGAUAUUUUGCAAUCAGCUGGUAAAAUGUUCCUGAAGCUGUCAUUUUACACAGGUCGUUUGUAUCAACCUUGAGAAUGCCAGGGAAAGGGGAGAUUAUGCUUGGAUAGUGCUGUAGCAUGGAUGUUUAGAUCUCAAUAGAAUUGUUAGUUGCAAAUAAUGCAGUGGCUUUGACACAGGUCAGUGCAGACGAAGUCAACCGGAACUUUGAUAGUUGCUGAAUUGAGUGCUCACCUUUUGGUUGAAAAAAUGAGGUCACGUAAGGCCCAUUUAAUGCCAUUUGUCAUUCACAAGAUGGAUUCGGUUUGAAUGCCAAAACCCAAAGUAGCUGUUUGUCAGUCUGUUGGUUUGUUUGUUCCUUCUUGUUUCUUGGUGGAUUUCUUGGUUUGCUGCCUAGUUUGUUUAGUUAGUUCUAGAUGGUGUGCUACUUUCAUUUGCCAUUGGCUGGGUUUGACCCCCGCCUCCGGUCGGGAAGCAACUGUAACAAAUCCAUUUUAAUUUUCAUUCAUUUCAAUUAUUUCCCCAUUUUUUCUAUUUAUUCGCUUUGUGCAAUGAUUAGUUAUUGCUAAAUUAUGAAAUUUCUUAUGAAAACAGCGAACAUAUUUAUAAACGGUGCCUUCAUCAAUUUAGUGGUAUCAAGUAAUGAUGCCAAUCUGAAGCUUAGACUUUCCAGGCUAUUUCCUGGCUGUCCUGGGCUGUAUAUAUAUAACAUGAACAUGUUUGUGCUUGUAUAUAUAAAUUAUUUAAGUAUAAACUCCCCAGAAUAAUUUUUGAUAUUAUCGAAACUCAUCUGUUUGAUUGAAUGGGUGUUAUUAUUCCUCUAGAUCCGCAGGAGGAACCACUGAAAAGAAUUUUUUUUACACAGGGAUGGGAUUUUUUCAGCCGCGAUUUCCUUCUCUUGUUUGUUUGCCCGCGUGUAAGACUGACAAAGCACCCGGGAUUUUUUUUUUUACCGUUGUCAAUUUGCCAGCACGGAAAGGCGUAGCGUGCAGUGAAAUUGGAAUACUGUUAUAUUUCCCGAAUUAAAAAAACAAGAACCCACUGGACUUGGUGAAAUGUUGGUCAUGUGUGAGAGUCCUAUGCUGCCUUUUGUUUCGAUGGACGUUUGCUUGGCGACGUAUGACGUCUCUUUGCGAAGUUCUAAAUGAAAAAGGAAUGUGGAUAUGGACGAUGUCCUACCCACCUGACUGUACACCUACUCCCAUUCAGCCUCUCACCACAUUAACUUUUAUCACCACACUGAUCCAGGCCUUACCGUAAGCAAGAGAUACUAGAAUGUAUUUUCAUUUUGUUCUGUAAUCCGGAUAAAAUCACACGAAACACUUAAAAAGCCGAACUGUUCUUUAUAAAUGAAUUAAAAGGCCUACGAUAGAUCAGCAUGGUUUUUCCUUGUAAACUUUAAUCUUUGUUACAGGUCCUGGAUUGAAAACGACCUUGAUUUUUAUUACCUUUUUUUAAACAAGAAAAGGCAGGAUGCCAACGGAUUUAUUAUGGAUGUAGAUUAUUUUCGUACUCGUGUAUCGUAUUGCAUCAUUUUUUAUUACUGCUGAACAUCAUUUUGUUUGAUUUUCUGACAAAAAUGUGUAGCUGUGCUGAUGAAGUGUACAAAAAGGAGCGCUGUGGAAAUAUGUUUUGUUGGGCCAGUAAGAAAGAAAGUCAUUUUAAUAAGCAAAAAUAAUUUUCCUCAAAUUCAGCUUCCGAGGAAAGCUGAGGGAACCUUUCUCGCCGUCGUAGUGUCAUGAGUUUUAGUUUUUUGUUAUACCCUACGCGGGACGUUAUUAGCUAUGAAUAUUAAUGACCCGUAUUGUUGUCAUUAUAUCGUCACGGAGUAGCUGAGGUAUCUCUCUUUGGAAAACAAGUGGACGUGAUAGGAUUUGACCGUUAGGGCCCCUGAGGAUAUCGAAGGCUUGUUUGACGCGGUCACCUCUUCUGUCCUAUUUUAGAGAUGGUCUUACCCGUGUAUUGAAUGUUGGCACCGAAACGAUUAUUACUUUUUGGGUGAUUUUUUUAAAUAUGAUUUUUAAAGUUUUCUGUCGUCCCGUCAGAAGGAUCACUGGUGAAACUGGAUCGUUAUAGUUUGUUGAAUUUUCCACUCGAAUGCAGAACUCGAUUUGGAUUGCUGAUUGUACCCAUUACCGCUAUCCUCAAUCUUGCGGUCCAAGAUCUAUUGAUUUGAAUUCAGUUGCAAGAUCUGUCAGGAUCUUUGCUGAUGUCAGGAUUUUUCAAACAGUUUCUUGUAAAAUAUGGAAAAUCAUGGGUUUUCCCAUAAGGUAUUUUUACGUGUAAAAUUGACAAUGAACACAAGAAAUGGGUAUUUUAAGGAUGCCUUUCGGAAAACGCAUUAUGUAUAUACAUAGACCAUACGCUGCCCUGCCCCCCCCCAAACGUUUGGCGAUUGUUUGGUGGAUGUAUUUCAUUGCCUUCCAAUUUCGCCCCAGAAAAUGACAGUGAAGAACAUUUUAUAACAUUGGCAGUGUUGUGUUCAACACACUUGGCAGUUCAAGCGGGUUUUUUUUGGGGGGGGUAUAUUUUUUAUACUCAAACACGACCGCAUGCUCAUCUUGAAUAUUCUCAACUUUGAAAGUUCAUAUAAAACCGUUUACUUCCGUACAGCGUAUUAUGUAAAAUGUAUCUAGACUACCUUUGGCUUUGCCGUAACACGGCCGUGCGUAUCACACGGUUUGCUUGCCAAGAAAGUCAGACUCUAAUAACCGAACUGUAAGUCUCAGUAAAUUCUCUGCCUUGUCAAGUCUCGUCAUUCAAAAGGUUGAAAACUCGAAGGCCCAGAGUGCAAAUUGGGUCGCACAUUUCACGCUCUGCGGUAUGACAUUAAAUCUUGGUUCAUUUCACGCUGCAUUUGCCCGCGCUUUCCCGCAUCAGCUUCGUGAGUGCUUCAUUAUUUAUGGCGCGCGCCUAAAUGAUCCCAAAGAUAACAGUAAGAGUCGAUUGUUUAUUUUGCUCUAUAAAUGUCAGCUCGUCGACGGAUAUUUUGACAGGAUUUUCGCCCAUGUUCCUGAAUUUAAAAUAUAAAGUUUAAAAGAAAGAACCUACUGGAGAAAGGUUAUAAGUUUGUUGAGCUGAGUUGAUCUGGUUUCGUGUUUCCUGUUUCCUGGUUUGGGAUCUUUCUGAAUUAAAAAAAUAGGAUAACAAUUAUGGCAAUAAUUUGUCCACACAUCACUUGACACCUUCUGUUUUUGUUCCGUACAUAGAGGCUCAGUGAACACACGUCACUUGUAAUUUUAUGAUCCAGUUAUCUUCGUUGUACCCGUGUUAGUCUUCCAUAGAAGACUGCGAUACGCAACUUAAUCGGUCUUCGGUGAUGGUCAUUUUCAAGAUGUGCUGCAUAAUUGGUUACUGUGAGUUUCUAAAAUUUUGUAUUUUUUGUUUGGUUUUUGUCAUUGCCUGUACUGUGUGCGCUUGCCAAUGUAGAAUUGUAGGCCCAGGUUGUUGAAUAUAAUGGCUGUAAUUAAUUUCUAAUGAUGAGGGGAAACAUUGGCUUGGUUCUAUUUGUUAGACCAUCAGGUUUUCGUUGGAUUCAACUUGCCGUCGUUAUUUACACUCCUAUGCAAACGUAAACGGCAUAUUGUUUAAAUAGCUCAUCGACAACUGGAAGUUGGAUGGCUGAAGUCAGAGUUUCCAGUUGGAAUCUUUCAAAUAAAGAGGAUUCAAUUGUCUUGGUAUCCGGAUUCGUGUUGUCUGUCUCAGAUUGCAUUGACGUAUGUUUACACGACAUGGCGUAAAUGAAUUUUACUAUCAAAUUAUCUAUUUUCUUUUAAACGUUUGUAAAACGCAAUGAAAUUUAAAAAUGGAUUGGACUAUCAAACAUCGCUACAAAAUCUAGAGAGAAUUCCGCAUUGUAUUUAUCUCAGAACACAUUAUAAAAACCUUACACGUUUUACUGAUUUCCUUUAUACAUAGACAAAGGAAGACUUGAUGGGUGAUGAUGAUUGAUGGGAAUGGUUUUUAUAAUCAAAUUCCAGUGUCCAGACCAUACAAUCUAGGUUGAAUCAUCCACGAUGGGUGUGUGUUUACCAAAAGAGGUUGGUUAAUGUUUACCUCGAUAGAGGCGAUGACUGCUUAUUGACCAGGGUAAACCAUCAGGCACAGAUGAAGCAUGGAACAGAGAGUUCAUUAAGAGAUCAUUAAGAAGGGUUCUGGUGAUCCUUCAAGUUAUGAACGACUGAAUUGAUCGUUGCUAUUUUAAUUAAUACAAAUCAUUCAUUUGCCAUGGCCUGCUUAUUUCUGAGUCUGGCUGCCUAACGGGGUUACAGUGCUAUAUACCUCCCUUGCAGUAUCCUAAACCCAUCCUUACAAAGUAGUAGUAGACCUACAGUCAAAGUGUCAAGUUUAUAAUUAACUGAUAAAAUGUCUGUGUAUCAUUUUUUUUCCAAUAUUCGUUCAUAAUACACACGCUUCGUCAUCCUUGCUCCUCGAUAUGAAUUGAAAUCGUCACAGUGUCGUUGAUUUAGACUCGUCUGAGAUUUCCCCGUCACCUGUUUCCUGUUUCCGUCAAGAGGAACGUAUAGGAGGAAAAGCCAUUGAAGUUGUUUUGUGGAGUUUAAAUAUGAGAACGAAUUAUUUCCUGCAUAUGACUGAGUUAUGCAUUAUGAAUAAUAGUAAAGUUAACGCCGACAGUAAAUAGUUCUUUAUGUUGA